CCACGCUGCAAUCUUCACUACUUACGAUACCGAGGCCAUCUACCGAGGAUUUCUUAUCCAGCCGAAUGUCAUUUCCAGCUCUCCGGAUCGUCGAGGAUUAUCAUCGGCGAUUCGUCUUGAUUCGCUAAAUCGGCCGAUCAGCGAUCACAACAUCACAAAUAAUCCAACAUAAAUGCAGCGUAAUCUUCAUGGUUUCAUGUCGUUCUCGAUAAUAGCGAGUCGCAAGUGUAAAUCUGCGAGUAUAUCAUCCUCGGGAUCGUCGACGCUACGCGCAUCUUUCUAGUUCCUCGCAAUAAUUUAUGUCUGCGUCGGCAGUAAACAUGGCGGCGAUGGACGGCGAGACAAAACUCGACAUGUACGAUGAUGUUACAUAUACUGUGGAUCCUCAACAUGUUGAGGGUGAGAUGACAAUAGGUACAAAGCAGAAAUCAACUUUAGGAGAGCCGGGAUUUAAUACAUUAGACGAACCUAUUAAAGAUACAUUUUUGAGGGAUGUUCGAGCAGUAGGCAAGAAGUUUUUCCAUGUUUUAUAUCCUAAAGAGAAAAAAAGUCUACUAAAAGAAUGGGAUCUGUGGGGACCAUUAAUAUUAUGUACAUUUAUGGCAAUGAUACUACAAGGUUCAACUGAUGCAACAGAUAAUUCAAAUGAUGGAGGACCUGAAUUUGCGGAAGUAUUUGUUAUUGUAUGGAUUGGAUCUAUGGUUGUUACAUUGAAUUCAAAGCUAUUGGGUGGAAAUAUAUCUUUCUUCCAAAGUGUUUGUGUCCUAGGAUAUUGUCUAUUACCGACUGCCAUUGCAUUAAUUUUAUGCAGAAUUAUACUAAUAGCGCAGCAAAGCACUCUCCUAUUCAUUCUGAGAUUCGUUAUCACUAUGAUUGGAUUUUUGUGGGCAACAUAUGCAUCUAUGGCAUUCCUUGGCGAUAGUCAACCCACAGGAAGGAAAGCGUUAGCAGUAUAUCCAAUUUUUCUUUUUUAUUUUGUCAUAUCGUGGCUAGUUAUAUCCCACACUACAUAAAGUGUAAUACUAUAAUUAAUCUGUCAUAAGACUGUCGCAUUGCUUGGACCUUCUGAAUUUCGGAAGACAAAAAGAGAAAGGGCAGAAGGAAAUGCAAGUAUAUCAUACAUGAUAUUUUUCAAGUUUCGUAUUUGAAUAUAUUCCAAUAUCGUGCUUUUGUGAAUAAUACACACAUAUAUAUAUAGUAGACAAGUAUUUAUUAUCUCCUUAGAUUAUCAUUCAAUAUGUCAAUUAUAAGAUUUUUAACUAUAUUCUAAUCCUACUAAAUGCAUGUUACGAUUGAGCUAAAUUUAUUGUACAAAAUAUACCUUUUUUUAGUGGAAAAAUGGAAAAAUUAUCAGAUUAGUACUGAAAUAUAGACUAAGAUCGUUGUUUCAUAAAAAUCUCAGUCUAUGUUUUAGUUAAACGUAUCUAAUAUUUAUACAGAUUUAAUAAGAGAAAAUACGCGAUGUAGUAUUAAUGAUGAUUGCUUAUAUCAUUGAUUCUGAACUGCAUUUGAAUACUUCCUAUACUUCCAUAAAUUUUAGUAAUUUUUUUUUUUUUACUCAAGU